AUUUAAUGUUAAUAUAUUCUCUAUGAAAAACAAGACGGAUGACAUAAUAACUGAUCUCUUACCAGUAAAAUCGGUUUUUUAAGUUCUACGAAAGGGAUAAUAAAAAUCAUUUAUUACCAUAUUGAAGUCAAAUCAGGUAAUAUAAAAGUUAAUCAUGGAUGUCACAGUUGAACCCGAAGUUCUGAAAAAUUGUUUCAAGUUUGAACAUGUAUUAUACCACAAUUUAUCGAUUGUUUACAAUCAGAACACCUCAAUGGUAAUAUUAUGGAAUAAAUUCCAAAUAUUUGUGCAUGAAAAUCGUAAUUUGCAAAAUUUAGCUAAAUUACUAAUUCCUGAGUUUCAAAUCCAUCAGUUGAUACUCACAGAAAACUAUAUAUUAUGUUUAGACAUGAGUGGCCAUAUACAUACAAUAUCGCUGAAGUUUAAGAAAUCUGCUCAGAAGCGUACAAGAAAUUGUUUCCAGCCUCGGGAGCGAAAUGUCAAGUGUUGUUUUCUCAACCUGCAGAAUGCUCUAAUAAUCAAAUAUGUUGGAAAUGAAAUAUUUUUAUGUUUACAUAAAAUUGAUGCAGAUUUUACUCUAGACAAAAAAAUUAAGUUGACAUAUUCCAGUCAAUGGCCUUUACCAGAGCCAGUUCUGGGAAAAUGUUUACUAGUGUGUCAUAAUAUAAAUGAAGAAGAAUUUGAUCGAAUCAAGCAAAUAUAUAAAGCAAGAAUCAUGCCUGAAGAUUCGAAAGUAGUUAUUAUUUCAUUUGAUAGGCUAACAAUGUUCAGCUGUCUGUUUAGUCACCACAUGGAUGAAGAAGUUGUACCUUUGAUUAAACUGCACACUUGCCCUUCUGAAAUAUGUAGUAUAGAUGUUUUAGAGGAUUUAACAAUCUUAACAUCUCUUAAAUCGGGAACAUUAAUACAAUUUGAUCUGAAAAACAGUGCCAAGGAACCAAAUGUUACGCAUUUGACUGUUGCUAUAGAUAAAUGUAUAAAUAUGAAGGAUACAUUUAUUUACUCUGAUGGCUUGACUCUGUGGAAAGCACAUAAACACCUCACUGAUGAUAUUACAUUCCAACAAUUUAUUUUUAAGCUAGUCAAAGAUUUUGUGGUCUGUGGAGACCAACUAAUUUGUACUACUUAUUCAAACCUAAUUUAUAUUCUACACAUAGAUGAUGAGGCUGCAUAUGUUAAAUCAUUAUCUACAGAUGAAUAUUGUAAAGCAGAGACUGUUUUCACUAAUACCGAAUAUUUGUAUAAAACUUUAGAAGAAAUAGAAUUGAAUAAUGAUUUGGUAAAGAAAAUUAAAGAAGAAGGAAAUUAUUUAACUGUUUUAGCAUUGUCCUAUAGAAAAGAUAUUAUGGAUACCAUUGUACAACAAAAAGUAAAAGUUUAUGAGAAAUAUGAAGAUGUUUGUCUAGAGCAUAGAGAUUUAUUGCUCACCGACCACAUGGAAGAAUACUUUGAUAAAGAAGCAUAUCUAUUUCUAAUAAAAAUCUCAACAAAAGUUCUACAACAAAUGUUCAGCAAUAUUAUAUCAAACUUAUUCAGUGAUUUGCAACUACAUUUUUCUUACUUCUUAGAUAUGAAAUUGAUAAAAACAACUAGUCUGAAACUCAAUGAAAACUUAAAGAUGCUUCAUUUGCUUACAUCAUUGAAGGUUAAAAAUUGCGAUAUUUCUGAAAUAAAUAUAGUUAUUAGAUUGAUUUCUAGCUUGCCAGGGUCACACGACCGGAAGCAACUGCUCUGGACCUGUUUAUAUGAAAAACAUAUUUCAUUGAAAUCUGAACAUUUUAUAAAACCUGAUACAACUUCAGCCCAAAUUAUUAAUUUAGCUGACACUAAAGAUAAUUUAGAACAAUUGAUAGCUAAAGUGGAACAUAAUCGGCACAAGCAUUUGUUCAGAUUUGUAGAUGCAUCUAGUCACUACAUUGAGGGUACUGAUUGGUCCAUGUAUUUAAAACUACCCACAAAUUAUAGAGACUUGUUUGUGGAAAGUCAAAUAAUCAAAGAACAUUUAAAUCCCAUAACUGCAAAUUUUCUGAUAAGACAAUACACUUCUCAAGAGUUUUUAGAGUCAACAAGUGAAUUUUUCCUCCAAAUAGGCAAAGAAAAAGUGAAAGUACAACUUAACAUGGACUUUUCAUUUCCAUUAUUGCAAGUGUCAAGUCAAAAUGUCCUUUUAGCUUUUAAUAUAAGGAACCUCUUUUCCAAAUUAAUCUAUAACGAUUUUGGGAACCUUGACUGUACAGCCAAAGAAUAUGUUAAUCAUGUUUUAUACAGUGUCAACGAGAACAUGCAAAGGGAUAUAAAAGCGUGCAUAAAGGAGCGCCGCCCUAUAGAAUUAUUCAAAGCUGUUGCGGAUAAUUUUGAGAAAAACGUUAUCGGUUCUUUACCUAUCUAAAUAUGGAAGUUUUAAGCAAAACAUAUUUUUAUAAAGUCCCUUUUUUGUUAUUUUUAUACCUUCGUACUACGAAGUCUGUGAUCAAU